AUGCCGGCCCCGCGCCCGCCGCCGCCGCCGCCCGGCCGGGCCUUCACCAUCGCGGCGCUGCUGGGCCGCGCCUCGCCGCCGCCGCCCGCCCCGCUCCCGCCGCCGCCGCCGCUCUGCGCCGCCUGCUGCGGGCCGCCCGCCUGGCCCGCCCGCCUGGGCGGCAGCGGCUACCUGCUGUCCAAGUGCUGCUUCCCCAUCUUCAAGGCCAAGGCGGGCAAAGCCAAACGGGUGCGGACCAUCUUCACCAGCGAGCAGCUGGCCCGGCUGGAGAAGGAGUUUGCCCGGCAGCAGUACAUGGUGGGCACGGAGCGGUGCCUACUUGCCACGGCCCUCCACCUCACCGAGGAGCAGGUGAAAGUCUGGUUCCAAAACCGGAGGAUCAAGUGGAGAAAACAAAGCCUGGAACAGCAACAAGCCAAACUAGCCAAAAUGGGCUUGGCCACCCCACAGAGGAGCCCAGACUCACAGAGCCACCAUGGUGAGGAAGAUGGGGACUUCCUGACAGAGGACAGUCGGGAAGGCACCACGCCAUCCCCUUGCUUGGAGACAGCAAUUGCACAGCCCCCUGGACAGACUGUUGCAACGAGCUGCUGAACUGUUUCUUUGGGCCACAUUUCCCAUAUGUAUUAUAUUAAUAUAUCAUAG